AUGGAUUUGCGAAGCCCUUUGCUUUCAUUUCUCGUAUUAUGCGUAAUACCCUUCGUCCAACUCAGCAAUGGGGCUGCCACUGGGCGUCCUUACUCGGCUCGAAUGGCCGACAGCAUUAUCCUACGCGGACAGGCCAUUAUCGAGCAAGAAGGUGAUUCAUCGCUGCUGUUGCAGGUUGGGGCUUUCCAGACUGCUCUCCUAGAUCUGGUUGAGUCGCCGUCUGGCCAUUAUUUGGAAGAGGACUGGGAGGCCUACAUCAGCCGAAGCGCUGACAGUGUUGUUGAUGUCGUCAAUAAUGCAACGAAAGACACUGAGCUUCCCCUUGACCGUCUAUCAGUAGGAAAGGGGCUGCUUUACCAAUACGAUAAAACAGAAAACGACACCUACAGAGAUACCCUCUCUGCACUGCGCACCUCGAUCGACCUACAGCCACGAAACAGCUUCGGCGGACUCUGGUACUACGUCUACCCAAACUGGAGCUAUCUAGACGGAAUGUUCUCCCUGCUAUCAUUCUACCCCUUAUACACCUCGCAGUUCGAUAUCAACAACACUGUCCCAGUCAACAAGGACCUCUUCCACCAGAUCAACCUUGUAUGGGAGCAUUGCCACAAUGAAACAAGCGGCCUUCUGUUCCACGGCUACGACGCAACAAAAACCGCCUCAUGGGCUAAUCCCACCACCGGCGCCAGUCCAUUUGUCUGGGGUCGUUCCUUGGGCUGGUUCAUGAUGGGUCUAGUUGAUUUUCUGGAGCUCGCACCUACUGACUCUGACUCUCGGAUGGAAGUCACGACAUGGCGCGCUCGAUUUGUGGACCUCGCCAAUGCGGUCGUUCAAGCGGUUGACCCGGCCUCUGGCGCCUGGUGGCAAGUAAUGUCGGCCCCUGGACGAAGAGGUAACUACAUAGAAUCCAGUGCGUCGGCCAUGUUCACGUAUUCCUUGUACAAGGGGGUGCGAAUUGGGCUUUUAGACGACAAACACACCAAUUCUGAAUACAAGGGAAAUGACAAAUUCAAUUAUACCGGCGUCGCGGCUCGAGCCUACCGCUCGCUUGUGGACAGAUUUGUCGUGGAGAAUACAGACGGCACAUUGAGUUAUAAUGGGACUGUGAGUGUUUGCAGCCUUAACUCCACUGCUAGCUACCAGUAUUAUGUUACGCAACCACUGGUAUAUGACAGCGUGCUGGGUUCAGCUGCAUUUGUUCGCGCCAGUUUGGAACACGAAUUGCAGCAUUGA